AACCUUCAAAAUUGGAUUAUUGAAUUUAUAGGUUAAAAAUUAUUCGAAAAUAAUUUUAGUACAAAAACAAUAAUUAUACCUUCUCAUCAUUGAAAAGAUGCACUUGUGACGGACGAUGAUUACAUAUAGAAUUUUAAAAUGUUCACAUAAUUUUAAGUAUUUGCUACCUACUAAAAAGUUCGAAUUGCAAAAUAUUAGGAAAUUUAAAGUUUCAACUUCGUUUUAUACAUCCGAUGAAAAUAGGUAUGGAAAGAAUAAUGCAGACCUAUCUAAAGUUACAUUAUCCGAAAAAUGUGUGGGCUCUUCGCCCAAAUUAUUACAACCAUAUCUCAAAUUAAUGAGGCUUGACAAACCAAUAGGAUCAUGGUUGUUGUUUUGGCCUUGUGGAUGGAGCAUAGCAAUGGCAGCACCUAUUGGGUGCUUCCCCGAUCCUUAUUUAUUGGCCCUUUUUGGAACUGGUGCAGUUGUCAUGAGAGGUGCGGGAUGUACAAUCAAUGACAUGUGGGAUAGGGAUAUUGAUGCAAAGGUAGAAAGGACAAAAAUCAGACCUCUUGUUAGUGGAGAUGUAUCAAUGAAACAAGCGUGGGUGUUUUUAGCUGGACAAUUAAGUGUUGGAUUAGCAAUUUUAUUGCAGUUGAACUGGACUAGUAUUUUAUUAGGUGCUUCAUCGUUGGGACUUGUUAUUUGUUAUCCAUUAAUGAAGAGGUUCACAUAUUGGCCUCAAUUAGUUUUAGGUUGUACAUUCAAUUGGGGGGCACUACUGGGAUACUGUGCUGUUAAAGGAUAUGUAGAUUUAUCUAUCUGUUUGCCAUUGUAUAUAGCAGGUGUAUGUUGGACAAUAUUUUAUGAUACUAUUUAUGCCCACCAAGAUCGUUUAGAUGAUAUGAGGAUAGGUAUUAAGUCAACAGCUAUCAAAUUCGGAGAUAGAACCAAUUUAUGGUUGACAGGGUUUGGUGCUAGCAUGGUCUGUAAUUUAUUGAUAUCUGGUUUGAUGAGUGAACAAACUUGGCCAUAUUAUUUAAGUAUAGCAUUUGUUUCUACCCAUUUGACUAAUCAAAUUUAUACAUUGAAUAUAAAUAAUGGUAGAGAUUGCUCUGAAAAAUUUAUGUCUAAUGCACAUGUGGGUUUGAUUUUAUUCUUGGGUAUUCUGAGUGGUACUUUGUUGAAAAAAUCAGAUAAACGUCAAGGUAGGGAAUUGGCUUUAGGGCAGUAAAUCUUUAUAAUCAAUAAACCUUCAUUGAUUGAUUUUUAUUGUUCAAUAUUUCUGUUGAACUAUAUCCUAUUAUUUAUCUAUACAUAGAUACAAACUAGUCAAUUUGAGCUCACUUCAAAUACAUACCAUAGGAUGCACUUGAAUAGAAUAUUCAAUUUUUUGCUACGGAAUUAUAAGUUCAUACAAUUUUAAUCUUUGUACAAUCAGUUGGAAAUCUUUUAUUGACAGUCCAAAUAAAAUCAACCUACCUAUA